AUGGCGGGUGAAGUGCGCCAACCUAUAGACAUUCCCUCGCUGGAGAGGUACAUUGACCAGCAUGUUUCGGAGAUCAAGACUCCACUUGAUUUCGGUUUCGGUCAAUCGAACCCUACAUACCUGCUUACUGCCGCCGAUGGAAAGCAAGUCGUGCUGCGCAAGAAGCCCCCAGGCAAGCUGCUCUCAAAGACAGCCCACAAGGUCGAGCGCGAGUACAAGAUUAUCCGAGCACUAGGCGACACAGAUGUACCAGUCCCCAAAGCGUACUGCCUCUGCGAGGACAGCAGCGUGAUCGGGACGCCCUUCUACAUCAUGGAGUUCCUUGACGGACGCCAUUUCACGGAUCCAGCCAUGCCCGGCGUGAGCGGGGAAGAAAGAACGGCACUCUGGAAGAACGCCGUCCAAACGCUAGCCAAGUUCCACAGCGUUGAUCCGCACUCCGUCGGCCUCUCGAGCUUCGGCAAACCGACCGGCUUCUUCGACCGCCAAAUAGCAACCUUCACCACAAUCUCCAAAGCCCAAUCCGCCGUCCUAGAUGCCGACACUCGCGAACCCGUCGGCGCCCUCCCCCACUUCACAGACAUGGUAAACUUCUUCUCACAGAAAGCAACGCAGCCACGCGACCGCGGCACCCUCGUGCACGGCGACUACAAAAUCGACAACAUGAUCUUCCACAAAACCGAGCCGCGCGUCAUCGGCAUCCUGGAUUGGGAAAUGGCCACCAUCGGCCACCCGCUCUCCGACUUCUGCAACCUGACCAGCCCCUACAUCAUGGAUGGCGCAGACAGCCAGCUCGAGCAGUUCGUCCCCGGCGUGCUGCCGGGCUUGCCUGCGCGCGAGGACUGUAUUCGCUGGUACGCGGAGACGUCCGGGUACGAGACUGGGGCUGAUGUUGCGUGGGGCGAUGCGUUCUUUGCGUUCCGAGGCUCCGUAAUUAUGCAAGGCAUUGCGGCCCGGUUCGCGGCGCGCCAGGCGAGUAGUGCGCGUGCUGGGGAUUAUGCGAAGCGGGCUAAGCCGUUUGCUGAGGGCGCAUGGGAGAGAGUUAAGGCUGUACGCAAUGCUGGGGUCAAAGGGAAGUUGUAG